UCACUGCCCAUAGUAUUCCACUCACACCAUGCCCAACAGUGUCUCCAUAAACUCCUCUCCCACCACCACAAACGUUCUCCUGAACCCACCCCUACGCUCUCCAUCCUACUCAGAGGUAGAACUCAUUCGCACACCCCCCGCCAGGAGCUUUACUCCAACACCUCCAGUCAGCCGGAGUCUCAGCGCAAACGGAUCACCUACGGCUUCUACUCCGGGGAGGCUGCAUGGGGAAAGUGACCUGAGUUUACUCCUUCGCACUUUGGAUUUUGCUGCUAGAAAACAUUCUUGCCAAAGAAGAAAAGAUGUCGAUCAAUCCCCAUAUAUCAACCAUCCGAUUUCUGUGGCAAACUAUUUAUCGUCAACUGGCAUCACCGACGUUCACGUUUUGCAAGCUGCAAUCCUUCAUGAUACUGUCGAAGACACAUGUACGACUAUAGAAGAAAUUGCAGACCAAUUUGGAAUUGAUGUGGCACGAAUUGUGGAGGAAUGUACCGACAAUACUGCACUGGAUGGCCUUCAGCGCAAGGUCGAGCAAUUGCGUGCAGCUCCUUCAAAGUCCAAACAGGCUCAACAAGUCAAGUUGGCAGAUAAAUUGCACAAUCUUGAGUCAAUCCGACGUAGCCCACCAGUGGGAUGGGGUAUGAAACGAGUGCAGGCCUAUUUCAUAUGGGCCAAAAGGGUGACUGAUAUAUGUGCCCCUGCCCAUCCUCCCUUAGCCGAGCGUUUGCAGCGUCUAUACGAAACAGCCCAUACGCGAGUGAAUGGCACCUACUUUCCCUGCCACCCAGAAGUCUGUGGACCUUUAACAGAGGAGGAAAAGGAGCUCGUCGACAAAAGGUUACGAGAACUCAAAGAAGGGGAUACCAUGUGUCCCGAACCUCUGUUUUUCUGAACUGUGCCCCUCUGCGCUCGUGGUUCCUGCAUAGACUGCAUUUAGGUUGUAUAGGCAUCAUAAGCAUAUAGCGAAAGCUCAUAUCGAUUGUAACUUUUAUCAUCAUGUUCCGUAAUGACAUUUGCAUGCAUUAAUUAAUUCUCC